AUGCAGUUCUCCAUCAUUACCAUUCUCUCCCUCGUGGCCGUUGCAUUCGCUGCUCCUAUUUCCAUCCCAUCCCGUGUCGACGACCUCACUUCCCGACAAGACAUCACCGCAAGACAGGCACCAGCCCCCCCGACAGAGGCCUCCGCUAUGAGCGACGCGAACGGAAACGUUGUUGCUUUCGACUCUACUGGCGUGUACCAAGCCGCCACUGCUGCCGGACAAUAAAUA